GUAAGGGGCAUUAGCAACUUUACUAAACGUCGUACAAUUUAUACAUGGUGUCGUAAACAGAAGGCUGAUUUUGUAUUUUUGCAAGAAACGCAUUCAAAGAAGGAGACAGAGGUGCAGUGGAAAAAUGAAUGGGGUGGCGAAAUACUUUUCUCACAUGGAAGCCCCAAUUCAUGCGGUACUGCAAUAUUGAUCAGAAACAAUACCAAUUAUUCAGUUCUAUCGACAACUCGAGAUCCCCUGGGUCGUUUUAUUAUACUAAAAAUCCAAAUCGAUGACAAAGUAUAUGUUCUUGUAAAUAUCUAUGCACCGAACAAAGAUAAGGAUCUAAUUCAGUUUUUUAGAAAAUUACAUGGCCUGCUUCAAAUGGAAGACUUAGACUCAGAGGAAAACAUUAUAUUAGGGGUGAUUUCAAUUGUCCGUUAAAUCCAGCUCUUGAUAAACACGGUGGUGUCAUGAUUCCAAGAAGAGCAGCAAUUGAUAGUAUUGAAACUUUACAAAGCGAACUGGACUUAGUUGAUAUUUGGAGAAUUAAGAACCCUCAAACAAGAAGUUACACUUGAGUCAAAAAUCUCCAACAGUUCUCUGUCGACUAGAUUUUUGGCUUAUCUCUAACAAUCUCUGUGAUUUUAUAAACGCUACUGAAAUACAGCCUGCAAUACGCACAGAUCAUGCUGCAAUAACUUUAGCUCUAGGAGACAUUGGAGAGAUAAAAGGUCCUGGUAUAUGGAAAAUGAAUGUUUCGCUCUUAGAGGAUGAAAACUACCUAGAACAGUUACGAAUUAAUAUACCCAAAUGGAAACAAGAAGGUGAA